ACUGUGGUUUCUGUAGUGAUGGGGCCGGCCGCAGACACCUAUUGGCUGCCGAUUUUGUAAAUUUCAUUCAGUUUGGUCCAAUCGCAGGAGGAGAGCGAGGCAGACAGCAGCACCUCGCGGCUCAAUCUCUCUUUUUCUUGCACACUCGUCUCUCCGCCGUCCCCGUCUCUGAGCACAGAGCUCUUAUUCAGACCCAGCUCUGCCCUCCCUGCUCCGAUUGGAAUGCGCUUUCUUCCUGAUUAUAGGCUAUUGACGACCGAAAGAACGAAUUCCCUCCAAACGGCGGUUUGGGGGCCCGUCACAUUCCUUUGGAUGUGGCAGAUCUGGUCGGGAUUCCAGAAAGGGAAGACGCUGGGACUACAUACAUCCUCCUGAAUCACACCCGCGGUGACGGUUCCCCAGAAAAAUCUGGAUGUGUAAAGAGGACACUUACAGACGAUGCAGCUAGUCCACUGUUAAGGUAUCUUGUUGACCUGCUUCCCAAGGAGAGUUGAAAUGGCCGUGAUCAUCUCUUUGGACUCCAAAAUCUUCAGUUGCAAAGAUGAAAUUCUAUGGAGAGACUUAUUUAAGACAUUAUCCUAGUGUGGAAGAUACUGUUCUUAGCUUCAGCAUCUGAUAUUCUUCAAAAGGGAAAAAUGUGCUGAGAUGCGAAAGACAUCAAGUUGCUUUCCAUGGAGGCAUUUUUAAAGGCAUCGUCUCAGCAGGACAAUGUAAUGGCUGACUGCUCUUCCUCGGAGUUUUCAUAAAGAGCUGCUGCCCUUGGGAGUUGUUUGAAGGUCACCGCCUCCUUGGAGCAUUGUACUGGCCGGAAUUUGGUUCCAGGAUUAAGAGAGGGCUGCUCCCGGGCAAUGGGCUGCCAAGAAAACAGCAGUGUUUGUUUUUAACAUUGCGUGUUACCUAGCAGAGCAACUCUCCUGGGUCUCUCACUCCUGGAGAAGCCCCCUCUCCCCGCUUUCUUUCCUUAGGGCUGUAUCAAACACCCCACCCCUGCGGAUGUGGUUGUGAACCCAUGUCGAGGCCCAAGGAACUUGCUAUGGGUUCCACUGUUUUUUACCCCGCUGUGCGUCAUGUUAAACUCCAACGUUCUCCUGUGGAUCACCGCACUCGCCAUCAAGUUCACGCUCAUCGACAGCCAAGCACAGUAUCCCGUCGUCAAGACCAAUUACGGCAAGAUCCGGGGCCUAAGAACACCAUUGCCCAAUGAGAUUUUGGGUCCAGUGGAGCAAUAUUUGGGGGUCCCUAUGCAUCACCUCCCACUGGAGAGAGGCGGUUCCAGCCCCCAGAACCCCCUUCCUCCUGGACUGGGGUUCGGAAUGCCACGCAGUUUGCCGCUGUGUGUCCCCAACACCUGGAUGAGAGGUCUUUACUUCAUGAUAUGCUGCCCAUUUGGUUUACUGCCAACUUGGAUACCUUGAUGACAUACGUUCAAGAUCAAAACGAAGACUGCCUGUACUUAAACAUCUAUGUGCCCACGGAGGAUGACAUCCACGAUCAGAACAGCAAGAAGCCAGUAAUGGUGUAUAUUCACGGUGGUUCUUACAUGGAAGGAACUGGGAAUAUGAUCGAUGGCAGCAUUCUGGCAAGCUAUGGGAAUGUCAUCGUGAUAACGAUUAACUACAGGCUGGGAAUUUUAGGAUUUCUAAGUACUGGAGACCAGGCGGCCAAAGGCAACUACGGAUUGUUGGAUCAGAUCCAGGCACUGCGGUGGAUUGAGGAGAACGUCGGUGCAUUUGGUGGCGAUCCCAAAAGAGUGACCAUCUUUGGCUCCGGGGCAGGGGCGUCCUGCGUCAGCCUUUUGACCUUGUCACACUAUUCAGAAGGUCUGUUCCAAAAAGCCAUCAUCCAGAGCGGCACCGCCUUAUCCAGCUGGGCAGUCAACUAUCAGCCUGCCAAGUACACUCGGAUAUUGGCAGAUAAACUCGGCUGCAACAUGCUGGAUACCACGGACAUGGUUGAAUGCCUGCGGAAUAAGAACUACAAAGAGCUCAUUCAGCAGGCCAUCACCCCAGCCACGUACCACAUUGCCUUCGGGCCCGUGAUCGACGGUGACGUCAUCCCCGACGACCCCCAGAUUCUCAUGGAGCAGGGGGAGUUCCUGAACUACGACAUCAUGCUCGGCGUGAACCAAGGCGAGGGCUUGAAGUUCGUCGACGGCAUCGUGGACAACGAAGACGGCGUGACCCCCAAUGACUUUGACUUCUCCGUGUCCAACUUUGUGGACAAUCUGUACGGCUACCCAGAAGGGAAGGACACUCUGCGGGAGACCAUCAAGUUCAUGUACACGGACUGGGCAGACAAGGAAAACCCCGAGACACGACGGAAAACUUUGGUGGCUCUCUUUACCGACCAUCAGUGGGUGGCGCCCGCCGUGGCCACUGCUGACCUGCAUGCCCAGUACGGCUCUCCCACCUACUUCUACGCGUUCUACCACCACUGCCAAAGUGAAAUGAAGCCCAGCUGGGCUGAUUCAGCCCAUGGUGACGAAGUCCCCUAUGUCUUUGGGAUCCCCAUGAUUGGCCCCACAGAGCUCUUCAGCUGCAACUUCUCCAAGAACGACAUCAUGCUCAGUGCGGUGGUGAUGACAUACUGGACAAACUUCGCCAAGACUGGCGAUCCAAACCAGCCUGUCCCACAGGAUACCAAGUUCAUUCACACGAAACCCAACCGCUUUGAGGAGGUGGCCUGGUCUAAAUACAACCCCAAAGACCAGCUGUACCUGCACAUCGGCCUGAAGCCUCGGGUGAGAGAUCACUACCGAGCAACCAAAGUGGCCUUCUGGUUGGAACUCGUCCCUCACUUGCACAACCUGAACGAGAUAUUUCAGUACGUGUCCACCACCACCAAGGUCCCUCCUCCAGACAUGACGUCCUUCCCCUACGGCACCCGCAGGUCCCCCGCCAAGAUAUGGCCCACCACCAAGCGCCCGGCCAUCACGCCCGCCAACAACCCCAAACACUCCAAGGACCCGCACAAAACGGGGCCCGAGGACACGACCGUCCUCAUCGAGACGAAACGGGACUACUCCACCGAGCUCAGCGUCACCAUCGCCGUGGGGGCCUCGUUGCUCUUCCUGAACAUCCUAGCGUUCGCCGCGCUCUACUACAAGAAGGACAAGAGGCGCCACGAGACGCACCGGCGCCCCAGCCCACAGAGAAACACGACCAACGACAUCGCCCACAUACAGAACGAAGAGAUCAUGUCACUGCAGAUGAAACAGCUGGAGCAUGACCGCGAAUGUGAGUCGUUGCAGGCCCACGACACCCUGAGGCUCACCUGCCCCCCGGACUACACCCUCACGCUGCGUAGGUCCCCGGACGACAUCCCACUUAUGACACCUAACACCAUCACCAUGAUUCCAAACACACUGUCGGGGAUGCAGCCCCUGCACACGUUUAACACCUUCAGCGGGGGACAAAACAGUACGAAUUUACCCCACGGACACUCGACCACCAGAGUAUAGCUUUGCAGUUUCCUUCCCCUCCCUCUGCAGCCCCCACCUCGGCAACACAGAAGAGAGGAAGUCAACGGAAGGGACGUCUGCAAGCAACCAAUGCUUUCCAUCACACCAACAUCGGACAAAAGAGAGGACGGACGAGCGCUGCGUUCCCGCUGACCGUUCCCUGCAGAAUUUUCCAGCAUUACAAGAGCAACUUCUGACCCUGUGAAAUGUGAAAAGUCUGCAUUGCUGGUUAAAAUACUAUCUUAAUGUCUUCACCACUCCAGAGAACAUGUAGUGUUCAUUUCCAGGACCUCAGUGUUUCCAAUGUAACAGUAGCAUCUGACAAUUCUGGAAUGCAGCCAGGGACACGAUGUUUUUUGUUUUCUUUUUUUUAAUUACAGUUUAAAAAUAAAUAAAUAAAAGUUCUUUUUGUGCCAUACGAUGGAUGGCUCUACUUCAGUGAAGAAAAAAGUCUGUGGGCUUUUACCCAGCGUAUGGAGCUGCAGUCCAGAGAGAAGGAAAAGUAGAAUUUUAUUAUUAAAAUAAGAACUGACUAUGCAGUAAAAUACGUAUAGUUCUGUGCAAAGAGAUGUUUUGCCAGCCUGAACUAUAUUUAAGAUACUUUGUAAAAAUAAAAGAGAAACAAUGUA